AUUAUUUAGUUUUAUAACCAUUUUCAGCCAAGUGUUAUUUGUGUUCAACUCAUCAAUGCUUAUGUUGUUAUCAAAGCUGUAGCGCGAAUUCGGAGGGUAAUAAUUUCUAAAAAUGCAGAACACGGGUUGUAUAUCAAAAACUACGCAAUUAAGAGAGGAUGAAAAACAAAACGUAAUGAAACAGUUAGGAGACAUAUUUAAUUGUUCUCCAAAUCAGCAACUGCGAAACCUGUGCGAAUCGCAAGCGUGGAAUGUUGAUCGCUGUAUCGACUACUUAAUAAAGAACAAUAAUAAUGACAUCAAUGAUAAUCAAAGUAAAUUACGUAGCGGUGCCAUACCAAAAAAUAAUUCCGUUGCAGAAAAAAGUGCAUAUAAGGAAGCGACACAAAAAAAACUCCAUUCCAACGGUAACAACUAUGCGCUGACAAACAAUAAAAGCCAAAACAAAAUGCAAACUAAUAUAUCUGUGGAGCAGCGGAUUGCAAAACUAAUUUGCGAAGGGUCAAAAGUAAUGGUGCUACUAAGAGGUGCGCCGGGAAGUGGUAAAUCCUUCUUGGCGAAGAGCAUGAUAGAACGGCUUGUACCUCUAAAUGAUCAGUAUACAUUAAAUGAUUUUAUAUUUAGUAGCGAUGACUACUUUUAUAACUGUUCGGGAGUGUAUAAAUGGCAAAAAACCCUCUUAGAUCAAGCGCACGAAUUUAAUCAACGCCAAGUUUUGGAACGAACCCGGGCUGGUUGGAGUCCAAUUUUCAUUGACAACACAAAUAUAAAGCUAUGGGAAAUGAUGCCUUACGUACAAAUGGCAGUGCAGAAUGGAUAUGUUAUUGAAAUUCUUGAACCUAAGACUUCUUGGCGCUAUUCUCCAGGAAAACUUGCUCUUAAAAAUAAGCAUAAAGUUCCCGCAGAAAAGAUAAAGACUAUGCUGAACAAUUUUGAAAAAGGAACAGUGAAUGACUUAUUAAAGAUGCUGAAAAUUACUAAAUACCACGUUACACUACCACAAAUGCGAACAUUCCCACCCAUAUCAUAUGGACAGCAAGAUACUGAAACAGACGAAGUAUUUCAAAUAUAUGGUAAAGAGAAUACAGAAAUUGAUCUACAAGCAGCAAGAGCCACAGAAGAUAUUUCUUCACGUAUAGAAGAAACCGCUCCUAAAUCGCAAAGGGAAAGAUACAAACAGAAAGGUGCAUCACCUAGCCAUGAACUCAAUCACCUACAAGACCUGGAAGGAACCGAUGAUCUCGUUAUUAUUUCAAAUAAAGAAUCAGUUGCCUGGCAACCACAUGAACAAGAGAUAAAUAAUUUUUGGAAUACUCAACAAAACGGUAAUGACGUAAAAAUGAUAACAAGACAGAAAGAAUGCCACGAAAAAUCUCUCUUAGAUUUAUUGCGGCAAGGUAUUUACGACGAGAAUAAUACUCAAAAAGACAAUGAGCAGGUAGAAAACGCUCAGCAUUCACCAAAUCUUGAACGCCAUUCCAUCAACUGCCCAAAUGAAAAUAGGGCCUUUGCAUCUUUACGUCAAAUUUAUCCAAAUAAAGAGGUCGCUAGUAUGUGGGACUUGUUUGUAAAAUGCAAUGGUGAUAUAGACUGGACAGUUGAUCUUCUUUUGAGAGAAGAUGAACUUAUGUCUGCGAACAACAGCCAAAAUACCUUACAAGUACCUGAUAUUGUAGAUAACUUUCAAUGUUACUGCUUUAAACAAGAACUUCAAGUUGAAGAGGAGAGUUUUAUAUCAGUGACAGCACCAAUUUCUGUGGAAUCAGGCCCAAAACCGCAACGACAACGAGCGCGGGCUACGCGUGUGAAUCAGCGGUCAAAUCCGGAACUACAGGAAUUAACUGAUAUUUUAGCAAAUCGUUUUGUGCUCGACGGAGAGCAGUUCUCUCCACACGUUCGAAAAAUACGUGAAAUGCGCGAAAAACAACGAAAUCCAACACAAAAAUUAUAUGCUAGCACUGAGGUUCAAACUGAGCCACUCUUGGUGGAACAGCCAAUAGAUGAUGAAGAAUACGAUGUAGAAACAAAUGAGAUAAUUGAAGUCAAUCUGGGAGAAGGUUUAAUAAAUCAACUAAAGAAUAUAUUUCACGUUGAAAUGUCUUCUCUUGUUGAAAAGCUUCCAGAAAAUCCUAUUUUGAAUGUAUUCAUGCCUCGAACGCUAGCAAAAGAACUUUACAUGCUAUGGGUUGAAUCUGCAUACAACUAUCUUGAAGAGCAGAGGCAGAACACAACUCGUGAAGAUGCUCAUUUUGCUUGUCUGCUGAAAAAUCCGAAGUACGAGAACUACAAGGAGUCGCCCGAAAAUCUUCAAGAGUUGCUAGAUAUGGAGUAUGCUAGACAAAUCUAUAAGGCUGAACAAGAAAAUGAAAUACAAAGAGCUGUCAAUAUACAGCAACAAUAUCAACCAAGUGACCUAGCGUCACAUCUAACGCAAAUGAAACUUUGUGAAACUUUUCCAAACAUUCCUCGUGAAACUCUAAUUGAAAUAUUAUCAGCUCACAACAACAACUAUGACGAAACAGUACGAGUUCUAAUAAGUACCACGCAGCCUCUAGAAGAUCACACAUCUUCCGAUCUGGAUAAGACUCUUGUCAAUCUUAGUUUAGAGGAGGAAGAAAUAAUUAAAGCUGAACAACAUAAUGGCAAAAAUAGUGAGGAUCGCUCAAACAAAGUACCUUUACAACCAGAGGAAGCAAAACACAAGGCAUUACACGAUUUCGAAGAAAUGCGAAACUUAGCAGCACACCACUGUCAACUUAAAGCGGAGUGCUAUCAGAAAGCAAAAGAAGCAAUUCAAAAAGGAAACAGUGCUGUUGCUGUUUAUUAUUCUCAAAUUGCUAACUUCCACAAAAUGAAAUUGGAUAUGUACAAUCAUCGCGCGGCUAAUUGCAUUAUGGAUGUGCACAAAUAUACACAAAAUAAUCCAGAGCUUUUAGACUUGCACUAUUUGCAUGUGAUGGAGGCUAUCGGAUGUUUGGAUUUGUUUUUAGAUCGACAUAUUGCGGGUCUCCGUGCAACAUCUCGCACUUAUAAGAAUCUAUUUAUAAUAACUGGACGCGGGCUGCAUAGCUCCGGUGGAGUAUCUACUAUUAAAAACAAAGUCAAAAGUCGUUUGAAAGAACGAAACCUACGGUGGAGCGAAGUGAAUCCAGGAUUACUAAAAGUGAAAAUUUUUUCAGCAUCAAAACACUCCAAGAAUAUUUAAUAUAUCGAAAAGCAGUAUGAGGAAAUCCCAAAAAUAUCAUUUUUUUUUAUUAAAAAAAGGUUUUAAUACGUACAUAAUAGACCUAUGUAUUUUAUAGACUAGAAUGUAAUAAAAACUAUUUUUCUACAAAUUGUUAUGUUAAAAUAAGCAUUCAAUAAAUAAAAUUACUUAAGUAUUGAUAUAAACAUUCAUGUGCAAAUAAAUCAGGUGCUGUGUUUUAAAGAAAACUAA